GGCGGAUGCAAAAAACCUACAAAUACAAGCUGGAUCUGAAAUGUAUCGAUGUGCACCUGCUGGACAAACAGGCACUGGACAGUGAGUAUGAAUACAAAGUUGAUGAAUUAAAGGAGAUGUACAGAACCAUGCUCUCGAUAAGAAGAUUGGAGGAGUGCUCGCAGCAGCUUUUUGAUAGAAAAAUGAUCAGGGGAUUUUGCCAUUUGGCAAGCGGUCAGGAAAGCAUCUAUGCUGCAUAUAAACACGCUAUAUCAGGGGAAGACACCGCGACUUCCUCGUACAGGUGCCAUGGUCUGAGCUACGUGACCGGAGACAGUGCCAGGGUGAUUCUUGCUGAGAUGCUAGGUAGGGAUGAGGGUAUGUGUGGUGGAAAGGGCGGAUCUAUGCACCUGUAUAACAAAGCAUUCUAUGGCGGACAUGGUAUCGUUGGUGCCCAAGUACCGAUUUCUCUCGGUCUUGCAUUUCGCCACAAAUAUGUUAAUCUUGCAAAAGGCGAUAAGCUCGAUAAGAUGGUGGCUAAAAAUGUCAGUUUUGCCUUUUAUGGAGACGGUGCUGCCAACCAAGGACAGAUAUUUGAAUCCUACAACAUGGCAAUGUUAUGGAAAUUGCCGAUCAUUUUUGUGUGUGAGAACAAUGACUACGGCAUGUGGACAAGGGUGGAGACUGCAAGCAGUAACACUAAUUUCUACAAAAGAGGGGACAACAUCCCAGGUAUACGGGUGAGCCAUGAGAAUGUUUUGGACCUCAUAGCAGUUUUCAAGUUUUGUAGAGAAUAUGCCCUUAAAACAUGUCCGCUGGUUUUGGAAAUAGCCACUUACCGGCUGUGCACCCACUCGGCCAGAGAUCAGACCGAUUUUAGAUCAAAGCAGGAACUCACCGACAGGGCAAAAAUUGAUCCGAUUAACCACUUUAAGUCUUUUUUGGCACAGUUUGUUCCAGAAAAUGAGAUAAGGGACAUCGAAAAAAGUGUUCAGGACACGAUUGACAGAGAAUCUAACCUGGCACAGUCAGCCAAGGAACCGCAAUCAACGGAGUUGUUCACGAAUGUUUUGAUUCAGUAAACGAAAAAUGCUAAGUUUCAGUUUUAUUAUUAGCGAAGUGCUAAUUACACCAUUCUCUGUGGCCGUGACGAAAACCUUGUGCCUAGUCAAACAAAUUUGGUAAUUCUUUUAUCAUAAUGUGCGAACGUGCACUGACUCACGUGCAGGGAAAUGGUGGAGCAGCACUGGCUGUGUAUAUCGAAUACCGUGCAAUAAGUGAGUUGUCAACCGGUGAAAGCGUUUAAUAAUUGUGUUAGAACAAGGCCCAUUCCGUUGAGUAUGGUUCCGCAUUGAACCAUGUGCUGUACAAUAGGUGCAUUUGUAGUUGCUCAUCCUUCUGAAAAGCGGCUAGAGCUCAAAGAGUAUAAGGAGAGGUAAAAAUAAUGCUUUUCUGAACUGAAGGGGCCUUGCUUACAAGGCCAUCGACUAAAACGCUCCGUUAACAUGAAAGUACGGCACACCAACCUUCUAUUCAUUUGCAGCGCAAAACAAGAGGAGGUACAAUGCACACCUCACCCAUUAAUUCAUCUUUUGUGAUUGCUAGUGUUACAAUUACGAGCUCCUGAUCACAACCAUAAAUAAAACAUUAUCCUGAAAC